AUGAGCAUGGUCGGUUUUAGGGAGAAUCAAUUCAUGGUCCGCGAGGCUGUGAGCCAGGUUUGCGCAGAGUUUCCAAAUACAUAUUGGCAAGAACGCGACCAAGAUGAGAAAGAUCCUAAGGAUUUUCAUGCUGCGCUCGCAAAAUCUGGGUGGCUAGGCAUGGCCGGUGCACAGUCUGUCCAUGCAAAUUUGUACGCUACUCAACCGUUGGCGAAGUUUGGUUCACAAGAACAACUUCAGAUAACAGUUCCUAAGAUCGUAUCUGGACAGACACGCGUUUGUUUCGGUGUAACAGAGCCAAACGCCGGGCUCGACACUCUUCGGCUUGCAACUACCGCUAAAAAGAACUCCGAUGGAUCCUACAGGGUAACUGAACAGAAGAUCUGGAUCACCUGUGCUCAGGUCGCGUCGAAGAUGAUCCUCCUUGCCCGCACAACUCCGCUAGAGGAGGUUCGAAACCCGAGUGAAGGUCUUCCAUUAUUCUGCAUUGACAUUGGUGACCGCAAAAAGCCUGGCCUUGAUCUCCGCAAGAUUAAGAAGAUGGGUAGCCGCGCUGUUGAUGCCAAUGAGGUCUUUUUCAACAACUAUCAGAUCUCCGCAGACUCGCUCAUUGCUGGAGAAGCUUUGGGACUAGGCUAUGCUACUCUGAAGAAGGCCAGCGAGUACGCAAAAGAGCGUGUUGUCUUCCAACGCCCAAUCGGCCAGAACCAGGCUAUUGCACAUCCCUUGGCAGAUGGAUUUAUGAGACUUGAGGCUGCGAAACUAGCAACAUAUCAUGCUGCCAGAUAUUAUGACCAGAGCAAGACAGAUCGUUCGGUGCGACAGGACGAGAUCAGAGUUGCGGCAAACAGUGCGAAGUACUUGGCAGCGGAGGCUGCUUUUACAGCCUGCGAGAGAGCAGUCUUGACGCACGGAGGUAUAGGGUACGCCAUGGAAUAUGAUGUGGAAAGAUGGUUCAGAGAGUGCCUUGUACCUAGGAUUGCACCCAUUAGCAGAGAGAUGAUCUUGAACUACAUUAGCGAGAGGGUACUGGAGUUACCUCGGAGCUAUUGA